AUGGCGAUGGCUGCUCUGAGACGAGAGGGGAGGCGUUUCGCCCCUUUGAUCUCUCCCCAUCCGAUGGCUGCCAUCCGAUCCUCCAUCGUCCCUGCCGAGGAGCAGGCCCCUUUGGGAGUCCGCUCAAUUUCAACUCAAAUCGUUAGAAACCGGAUGAAGAGUGUGAAGAAUAUCCAGAAAAUUACAAAGGCAAUGAAAAUGGUUGCAGCCUCAAAGCUACGAGCAAUUCAAGCUAAAGCUGAAAAUUCUCGUGGCCUGUGGCAGCCUUUCACAGCACUUCUUGGUGACACUCCCAGUGUCCAAGUUAAGAAGGACGUUAUUGUUACAAUCUCUUCAGACAAAGGUUUAUGUGGUGGGAUUAACUCUACUUCAGUCAAGAUUAGCAAGGCCUUAAACAAAUUGAAUUCUGGUCCUGACAAAGAGACAAAGUAUGUCAUUUUGGGGGAAAAAGCAAAGGCUCAAUUGAUACGUGACUCAAAGAAAGACAUUGUGCUGGUCCUAACUGAGCUGCAGAAGAAUCCUUUGAACUACACCCAGGUAUCUGUCCUAGCUGACGACAUUUUAAAAAAUGUUGAGUUUGAUGCUUUGAGAAUCAUCUUCAACAAGUUCCAAUCAGUCGUCGCAUUUCUGCCAACAGUGUCUACCGUAUUAUCUCCGGAGAUUGUGGAGAGAGAGGCUGAGUCUGGUGGAAAGCUUGGUGAGCUAGAUUCCUAUGAGAUUGAAGGUGGUGAAACAAAGUCAGAGAUACUCCAGAAUCUGGCAGAGUUCCAGUUUUCUUGUGUCAUGUUCAAUGCUGUGUUGGAGAAUGCUUGCAGUGAGCAAGGAGCAAGGAUGUCUGCCAUGGAUAGUUCAAGCAGAAAUGCUGGAGAUAUGCUUGAUCGCCUUACACUCACUUAUAACAGAACUCGUCAAGCAUCGAUCACCACAGAAUUGAUUGAGAUUAUAUCAGGAGCAUCAGCACUGGAGGGCUAG